GUUAGUUACACAUGAAUACACACACACACACAUACACAAAAAAAAAAAAGGAGAUAGAUUACAGUGAAUAUGUUGUAACCCCCUAAACUUAUUUAUUUUAUUUAUUUAUUUAUUUUAUUUUAUUUUUUUCACUUCAUCAUGACUGCAUCAGAUAAUACACUUGAAAGCAUUCCUGCUGAUCAACAAGGCAGUUUUUCUUCUUUCUUAAAGACUUUAGCUUCUUUUACUGGUGACCUCUCUAAUUUAACAUGUCCUUCAUUCUUAUUGGCCCCCAUCUCUUUAUUAGAAUAUUCUUCCUUUUGGGCUGAUCAACCAGGACUUCUGUGUGAAAUUGGAAAAUCAAAUAGUGCAGAGGAGCGCUUCUAUGCAGCUAUUAAAUGGUUUAUUUCUUCUUUAAAUGGAUCAUUCUCUAGUCGUGUACCUAAAGGAGAAUGGGAGAAGAAGCCCUUUAAUCCUAUUCUUGGUGAACAAUUUCAUUGUAAAUGGGAUGAUCAUACACGUAUUGUUUGUGAACAAGUAUCUCAUCACCCUCCUGUAUCAGGAUUUUACAUUGAGAAUAAAGAAGCAGGCAUUAGUGUUAAUGGUCAUGAUGGACAAAAGACCCGUUUCUCUGGAACACAAAUGUUGGUAGAUCAAAUUGGUUAUUGUACACUUAAAUUAACUCAACUUGAUGAAACUUAUUUAUUUACGUUACCAUCCGUAUCAGUCAAUGGUAUUUGGUAUGCUGCUCCUUAUGUUGAAUUACAUGGUACAUCAUUUGUUCAUUCUACAAGUGGUUUCUUUGCUUCUAUUGAAUAUACUACAAAAGGAUGGAUUUCUGGAGAAAUUCAUCACUUCAAGGCAACUAUUUCUCAUGAAUCACUCACAAGUCCUACCAUUAUUGAAGGACAAUGGACGGGUAAAUCUACAAUCACAAAGAAUAAAAAGACAGAGAAUUUUCUUGAUUUAAAUAUACUUGAGAAACCCAAGCCUUAUGUUAGACCUGUAGAAGAACAAGACGAAUUAGAAUCUCGUCGUAUUUGGCAAAAGGUAUCUCAAGCGCUUAAAUCAGGAGAUUAUGCUACUGCUUCAAGUGAAAAAUCUGCAAUUGAAAAUCAACAACGCGUCCUACGAAAGGAGCGCGAAGAAAGGAAAGAGAAAUGGGUUCCUAAAUAUUUUGUUUCUGUUGCUGGAGAAGAAAUUUAUGGUGACUUGCGUAAAAAGAUGAUUGAAAAGGCUGAUUCCAAAUUUAUAGAUACCAUGGGCAAAGGUGGUUGGAUGUUUAAAGAAGCCUAAAAAAGAAAAAGAAAAAAAAAACUAUUUAUUAUUCUAUUAUAUAAAACAAUAAGGAGAGAUAAUAAGCUUAAGCUUAAUUUUAAAUUUAAAUUUAUUUUAAUUUUAUUUUAGUUUAUUUUAUUUUUUAUUUUAUUUUACUUAUUAUUUCAAGUAAUGUCAAAAAAUAAACAACCAAGUCAAAAAAGACAAAAGACUUUAUUGAAU